UUACGCACUUCUCCAAUUAUCGUAUAAGUAUGUAUCGCGAUCGUACGCGCGAGAUGAGAUCGAUUUUGUUGGCCGCGAAUCUCUCGGAGUUCUCGGUUCCCUCGAAGCCGCGUGACGUCACAGCCAAAAGUUCGCGCGCGCGACUUUACGAGGGCGGAUCGCGAGAAUCACCGGGUGCUUUCGACGCGAAAAUCUCCGCAGUUUUGUGCGUUUCCAGUCGUACUUUCGCGUCGAAGUACCAUUACGCGACGAAUUAAACUCAUAACUUUCGUAAAAAUCGUCAAGAUCGACUACUAAUUAAAAUUGCACUGCCAUAGUGUUUUCAAUAUUUUUUUCGCGAAUUGUCGAGUCGGAAAUAUCUGACAAAAGUCGUCGUUCGAUGAGACCCUUCGAUAUAAGUGAAAAAAAAAAGAAGAUGGAGCAUAUCGGUCCUAUUCGCGUGCGAAUAAGCUCCCGUAAUUCGGUGUUUUUUUUAUCGCAAAAUGUGUGUCGAAAAUGUGAUAUCUAAAAUCCGGGCGUCGCGAACGAAAAAAGUGUAGGAGUAGGCCCAGGGUGGCAUCGGGUAACGGCGGAGCAACUACAUGGAAAAAUGGCGAGUAAAAUCCAAAUACCCCAAGAAGAAAAAUAAUUGAAAUCCCACUGCUGGAGUUAUAACUGCACAAUCUUACAUGCGACUACUGGCUAUCUAUCUCUAUCAGAAUGAUCUAUCCAACGCGAAAUUCCUCUGGAAACGAAUUCCCUCGGAUGUGAAAGCCGCCCAUGAAGAGCUCAAGCGAAUAUGGACCGUAGGGCAACGCAUGUGGCAACGCAAUUGGCCUGCGGUGCAUGCAGCCCUCAAUAUAGAAUGGAGUGAAGACGUCAAGGACAUUAUGACAGCUCUAAAAGACAACGUUCGAGAACGAGUGAUGAGGCUGAUAUCGAAAGCGUACUCCUCGUUGAACUUGGCGACCAUGGCGACGAUGAGCGGAAUGUCGUUGGACGAAGCCCGACAAGCAGCCAUUGACAGAGGCUGGAGCGUCGACGGUACCAUAGUGCAACCGUACACACAGAUCCACGAGGAAAUAUUUCAAUCGGACAAGAUCUGUUUGACGGAGGAGCAGCUGGAGAAGCUCACACAAUUUGUCUCCUUCUUGGAAAAUUGAGGGAUCUUCGUCGAUUCAUCUCCCUAAUCCCAACUUGUGUGGAUUCAAAACAUCGAUCUCGAUGACGGACUCGAACCUCCUUUCGCAAUCUCGCUUCGUAAUUCUAUUAUAUAAAGGAGGAAGUACGCGCCGAAGGUAACAUCAUCGAUGUUCGUGCUCGUAAAAAAAGGAUACCUUACGAUAGACGGAGAGGGAGAGGGAGUACUGACAGAGAUAGAGACAGAAAGCAACUACCCACGCGAUUUGUUCGUUCAAUCGGAAGGAUAAUUCAAUGAAGCUCCUCGCAAGCGUGGAAUCAACAACUAUAUUAAUCGAUAAUCAGCUGUGCGUGCGCGAGAGGGCGGACUGGCAUUUGCAGAACGGUAUCCACCGGCAGGAGCUUCUUUUUCUCUCCUCGUCUCCUCCCUGCCACCAUAUUCUAACUCGCCUACUCGAUGUGGAUCCUCUGAAAAUACACACUGUUCGCAACCACUUCGCAUCGCUGUAAUUAUCAAAGUGGAUCGCCGCAGUAAGAAUCGGGCAGGUAGCCGUUAACGUUCCUCACGACGACAACGAUGACAACGUGUCUCUCUCUUUGGCGAUGAACACGUGUGCGACGCGCGAAUUAUCUCACGCGUGAUUCUUCGUGGUAUCCAGAAGAAGAAGAAGCGGAAGGAGAAAAAAAAGACUGGAACUGUUUCAAACUGGCGUGCUUCAUUAGAUUUUGAUAAAGUGUGUUAUAACAGCAA